AUAAAAAAGUCUAAAAAAGAAAGUUAACGAGGUGGCAUUAUAAAAUUCCAUUCAUUGGUGUAUUCUGAAGUUAGAACAACUGAUAAUUUUCAAGUCUUAUCUUGCUCUACCUUACCCCUUCCAUGAGAAAUCUAGGCUUUCACCUAUGCAUUUUAAUUUUCCUAGCUUGCUUUAAUUUCCCAAUUGGUUGUUUUGACAACCAUCAUGUGGACAACCAGCAUGUGCAGAACAAACGCACAACUAAUUUCUUUGUCUUUGGAGACUCCAUGUUUGAUCCUGGAAACAAUAAUUACUUGGAGAAUAUCAACGCUUACCGAGCAAAUUUCAAGCCAUAUGGAGAAUCAUAUUUUGAGCAUCCUACUGGCAGAUUUUCUGACGGGCGCCUCAUCCCUGAUUUUAUUGCGAAAUUUGCAAAUUUGCCAAUGAUUCCAUCAUAUUACCAAGCUCUUCACAACCGUUCCUUUUACGGAGUGAACUUUGCCUCUGGUGGUGCUGGUUGUCUAGAUGAAACCUACAGUGGAAAGGUGAUCAGCCUAAACACACAAUUAGGCAAUUUUAAGACUGUGACAGAAAAGUUGAAAGCACAACUAGGGAAAAAAGAUUCAGAGGAAUUGUUGUCCAAUGCAAUCUACUUGUUCAGCGUAGCCAACAACGAUUAUCUGCGUCUUUUCGACAUUCCAGAUAUGCCUUCCGACAUGUCUUGUUUAGCUUAUACAACAGAGCAGGAAUAUAUGAAUAUGGUGAUGGAUAACUUCGUCAAUGUCACUAUGGAAAUAUACAAGUUAGGAGGGAGAAAAUUUGGCAUCCAAAAUCUGUUGCCCUUAGGCUGUUUACCAAGAUUUAGGGGUCUUGCUUUUCUUAAGGGAGGCCAUCAUGGUGAUUGCUUGGAUGAACUCAACUCCAUAGUAAAGAAGCACAAUUUAGCUCUUUUGCAAAAAUUCAAACAAUUCAAGAAGCAAUUAAGGGGGUUCGAGUACUCAUAUUUCAAUAUGUUUGAUGCUCUUAAUGAACUCUUUGAGAACCCUUCAACAUAUGGUUUCACAGAAGCAAAGUCAGCAUGCUGCGGAUUUGGUCCAUACAGAGGAUUUGGUAUUUGUGGAGUGGCAGAGGCUUAUGAGUUGUGCAAAAAUGUGAAGGAACAUGUCAUAUUUGACUCUUAUCAUCCCACUGAAAAGGCUUUCCAUCACUUUGCACAAGUAUGGUGGCAGGGAAAUCCAAAUUUAGUUGAGCCUCAAAGUUUGAAAUCCCUCUUGGACUAGUCUCUCACCCAACCUUCACUGAUCAGUUGAAGCAUUCAAUUUGAAGGGUUCAACGUUGGCUUACCAUCUGUGUUUAAGGUUGAACUUAUUCAAUUGAAGCUAAUUCUAUGCUUUCCCGCAUCAUAAGAAACUUUGAUUAUCAAAUUGUAUGUCAUUUUAUCCUUUCUCUUUUGAUUUAUUUUUCUAUUACAUUGAGAUCAGGAAAGAAGAAGGAAAAAGAUGAAUAAGGAGAAUUAAAUUAUUUACCUAAUGUAUUGUGAGAGACUCUCAAUUGUACAACUAGAUUGUAAGCUUUAGUGGUUAUGUA